UCUAUAUAUUAUUUUUUUUGUAUGCAUUUUCCUGUCCAUUUUGCUAGCAGCUACUUGAUGUCAGUGUACUGUUAUGGUGUUAGUGCACAAAAUCGUCCCAACUUUCUCACAUGUGUAACUGUGUAACGUUACUUGCAAAGAACUGUAUUUUCAGUAAGCUUCCAAUGUAUGGUCCUGCACAUGGAUAGGUUGUGACAUGGACUUUCCAGAUGCAAAUUUCCCAAACCAUCAGACUGUACAGACAACAAGACGAGAGGUUUUCUACGAGUAUGGAUCUCAUGGUUAUGCAGAUGUUGGCAGCAUUUAUGGACAGAAGAUUGAAGCUUUUUGUCAGAAGGUCCCAGAGGGUUUCCAUGGAAAGAGGGAUUCUCUCUGUGCUAAACGGCCAACACUGCCACUUUCACAAAGACCAAAUGAUGUGAACACAAACAGAGAUGAUGUUAUGAGCAAAGUAUUCAAACUCCAGAAGGAAGCUCAAAACUUCAGAAAGCUUGUAAAGGUUUACAAUUUCAAAAAUCAUACAUUAUCAGCAAGGGUGAAGAGGCAAUUAAGAUUGUGCCAUUCAUCAUCCACUAGCAAUGGAGGAGAAGAACUACAUAUUGACAUAAUACAGAAACUGACCGAACAGUACCAGCAGCUUCGUGACCUAUCAGACAUUCCUAAAACCAACUCUGAGUAUGCUGGUGGCUGUGUGUCCUGUCUCCCGGGGUCAAGGUCAUCUGGAAGCAGCAGUGAUUGCCGUCUUGUGUCCGCCAUAGGGGAAACUCUAUCACAGCUCAGAAUCACAGACAUCAAAAUCAACCACGAAGACUUGACUCUGCAACCCAUAAAUCAUCAGGUGAUUGAAGCCGCACCUGUGAGGGAGGUGACCACCAGGUGUGUCUUGGGGAAAGAACACAUAGCUGUGCGAGGCCUCACCGGAUGCAUGCUGUAUAGUGUUGGGCGUGGUGCCAGUGAUGUUACAUUAGUAGGAAAGGAAGACUUCUCCACAGAGCAAGGACGUCCAACAUCUGUUUGUUUGAGUGGCUACAUUCCUGGUGACUGUUUGGUAUCCAUGACGACCGGAGCAGUGUACCUCUGGUCACCAGGCAACAGGCAGAAACAGGUGAUAAACGACAGGUCGACAAGGUUUAAGUGUACGUUACCAUGGAGACGGGCUGAGUUUGGAGCGCACCCUCGUGAAGUUAUAGCAUCUGACCCAACUGUCGUUCAACUGUUUGAUAUAAGGAGAAGUCCCACGAAGCAGGGUGUUGACCUGUUUGCCCUGCCCAGUCCCCUGGUAUUGCCAGGGGAGAGAAUACAUGUAUCUACCCAAUCCACAGUGUCAGAGUUUUAUCACUUUGUGGCAUGUGACUACAACUUCUUCCUACUAGACCAGCGGUUUCCUGGAACUCCGGUGCUGAGUUGGAAACACAUGCUAGUCAAUCCUCCCCAGUACUUGGGUGGGGUCAAUUUUCCAUCAAAAGGUCAUAGCCUCCUUUUGAUGGCUAGUCAGAGUCCUCCAGAAGUUUGCUGUUACAAGUACAACUGUAGCUCAGGGAUGGCAGCUCAAGCUUUGGGGGCACCGUGGCGAGUGUCCAGGAUUGAUGACAUAUUCCACCAUGGAUCUGUGUGUGGAGGGACAGCAGGAGUUAUGGUAUCAGAGAGGUUCAACACAUCACUGAUAGGUGUCGCCGCUGUACCUCUGGACGAUGGCUUCUUUGCUGUUCAGGUGGACAGUUAUGGAGAGGUGUUUUAUCAGGGAUACAAUUUUACCAAUACGGGGGGCGAUAAGACCUGCUCUAUGGAGACAGAUAACCAAUCCUGGGACGACAUCACCAUUGGAAAGGGGCGUAGAUGGAUCUCACGAUAUAUUAAACAUCGGGAAAAGAACAAAGACAAAAAUUGCAAAGAAAUAUUGAGACAACCUGAAAAUAAUUUUGAUAAAGAGAUCACUCUGGUGAAGCAGCCCCACAUCAGUUGUCCACUUUGUCACCCAGAGAUUGAAAGUAUUGACAAUGACACUGACAUAUGUCCAGCCUGUCACCAGAGCCUGACCACUGGUCAACAACUGGUACAGGCAGGGAAGGGAUUGGUUGGAUACUGGCCAGGUGACAUCAAACUCUGGGGAGAACAAUUAAAGUCUAAAGGAAACCAGGUCAGGGAGACUCAAAGGACAGAGGAAAAGGAGAGUUUUCCUCGGACAAAUGCCCUCAGUAAGAUCCUGGUGUCCCUGUGGGAGGAGGAGAGUCCAGACCUGACCCAACUACUGCAACAGAGAGAUGAAGAAACAAGGAAGAAAAAGGAAGCAAGACAGAAAAAGAGAAAGGAAAAAUCCAGUUAUCUUAUGGAUGGGGACCAACAGUUGAUCAGAAGUCUUCAACAGGCAGUGGAUGGUGGGAGUCGACAGCAAUCACGGGAGAGCUCUGAGAGUCGGCAAAGGUCACCACCACCAGGGGGUACUGUGAGUCGGCAACGGUCACCACCACCAGGGGGUACUGUGAGUCGGAAUGGGUCACCACAACCAGGGGGUUCAAGGGAUGACAACUUAGUGUCACCUUCGUGGAUAGACAAUAGGGGAACAGGAAGUGAUGGAGAAGAUAGUGAUGCUAGUUUUCAUAGACUGUUUGGCAUUGAUAUAAGUACAAUGAGGGAAGAUGACGAUCAGCAAAAAGCUGGUGCUGACUCGAGUGCCAUCACACAGAGUUGGGGACUAGCAAACAUUCAGGAAACACCAUACCAAGAAAACAGAAGUUUUACAAAUUUACAUUCAUCUAGGAAGAGAAAACGUUUAACAUCAGAGAGUUUGUUUUCUGAUGAUCAAAGUGAGGAUGCUGCAAAACAACCAACAGCUGAUCGCGAGGCUUUCUCUCUGGACAGAAGUUACCGAGUGACACAAACAACCAAUGGUGACACCAUUGGAAAUGAAGAUAAUUGGGAUAGCCAGUUCUUCUCACAAGAUAUUGCGCAAUCUUUUACCAUGUUUUCAGGGUCCUUUGUGUUACCGAGUCCGGCUACUCCUACACCUAGUGACCCACAUUUGUCGUUCACCUCAAAACCAAAGCAACUUAGGUUGACUGCUUCCCCAAACACAGACUGGAAAUCACACAAGAAAAAAGGGAGACUGUCAAUUGGGGGAUUUUAGUACAAGGUUCAGGUUAUGGUUAUUACUGUUCAUAUAAUGCAAUAUCCACAACUGUUUUAUUAUCUUCAAAAGUAUUGAGGAGUAUCAAUAUUAGAAACCUCAUGUGAUAAUUUCUGAUGAAUAUACCUAAUAAUUUAAAAGUAAAGACAUUCGUACUGGUGAGAUUUUAAGUCGGUUUUAUAACGAGCCUUAUACCUGUUACUUAGUUCAGAUGAUGAGGAUGAUCAGCUUUAGUUGGAGUUUGUAAUUGUAAUUUUUUGUAUCAUCGAACUAUAUAUUUAUAGGAUACUUAUAUUUUCUGUGAUUUUACCUCUCAUAAAUGGUGUCCAUCAUCAAUUGUGAAUUACCUAGCAAACAGUUAUUUACACAGGUAACAACAUACCCAGUGUGUAAAAUACAACAUGCAUGCUGAUUGAAAGGCAAAUUUUAAAACCUUGCAUUCAUUAAUACCCGGCAUACAACAUAAAUGCUUAGUGAGACUCAAGUUUAAAACCUUGCAAAAAAGUAUAGAAACUGCACAGGAUUUUGUGUGGACAAAAUAUUUAAGUUAUCUACAUUAUUGAUUUUUUUAAUUAACUUUUAGUUGAAACAGCAUUCUAUUCAAUAAACCAACCCAAUAAUAAUGUACGUAUUCAAUACUGGACAACAAGCUUAGAGGUUUUAGGAAGUCUUCUCUUAGCUGAUAUUUUUUAUCCCGAACUUUGGAAGAAAAAAGGGUUCGUUUGGUGUGCACAUUUAUAUUUGCAAGUAUCAGGCUUGGUUUUUACACAAACGAAAUUGUUUUUUCUUUGCGGACUAAAAUUAUCGCAUUUUAAAAGAUUAGUGCAUUGAAGUAUUUGCACACUCACAAUAAAAAUGCUAUCAGAAAUUAAACACAGAAACUUUAAUUAGUGCAGUCAAAAAUUUGUGCAAUAUUUAGAGAGCGAAGUGCACUAAAACUAAAAUGCUGCUAAAUUAUAUACGUUUGCAGUUUUUAAUGCAGAUACCUACUUUUGAUUUGGUCGAUUAUUUUACGUGCAAUAUCUUCCCAAAAAAUGGUAUAGUUUCAACCAAAUUUGGUGUGUCUGUAAAACAUAUUGUCGAGUGUCAGGCUGGUAUUGACCGUUUAUUCCAUGUGUACAUAUUUACACAUGAUAAAUAAGGCUACCACUUUUGGUUGGUCUAUUGGUUUCCCUGCAAUGACUCACCUGAAACGAUUCAGUUUCAACAUGAUUUGAUGUGCAUAUGGAUUUUGGUUAGCGUCAUGUUAUACCUUUGGCCAUGUUUGCCAGACUCCACACUUCAUGUGUAUAUGGAGUUUGGUUAGUGUCAUGUUAUACCUAUGGUUGAGUUUGCCAGACUCCACACUUCAUGUGUAUAUGGAGUUUGGUUAGCAUCAUGUUAUACCUAUGGCUGAGUUUGCCAGACUCCACACUUCAUGUGUAUAUGGAGUUUGGUGAGUGUCAUGUUAUACCUAUGGCUGAGUUUGCCAGACUCCACACUUCAUGUGUAUAUGGAGUUUGGUUAGCGCCAUGUUAUACCUAUGGCUGAGUUUGCAAGACUCCACACUUCAUGUGUAUAUGUAUCUAUAUAUACAUUCAGCUACAAUAGAAAGGGGCAGAGUUUCCUGGCUUGUCUGCUUUAGAUUCUCCAUCCUGUGGAACAGUAUGUCUACGCCAAACCACCAUAUUGAACAACAUAUAUAAGAGGAAUUGAGGGGCUUCUAAAAUUCCACAAAUUUGCUUGUUAAAACAUGAAGUACAAACUUGUAGUUUUAAACAUAUGUUCAUCAUAUAAGUGUUAAAAAAGCUACCAGUACUAUCAAAAUAUUUGUGCAUCACUGACAAAUCUGGGUGUUAACAUAUUGACCCAGUUAACAGACAAGAGGAAUAUGUUCCCUAUUUCUUAUACUAAAUGUUUCUUUUAAGAAAUUGAAUUCAUUUUAUAAUCAUAGGAUUUUGUUUAUACACUUUUAUAUCGUAUACCAUUUUGUUUAAAAAAAAUGUUAAAAAGGAGCUGAAGAGAUAACGAAAGCGAAAGUUCUGUGGUCUUCCCUUUAAGAAGUUCAAAUCUCUAACAUUGAAAUUUGAGAUCAUGUUAAUUUUAGAUGCGUCCCUUUAACUUGUUCAAUGAUCAUGUGAAUAAAAUGGUUAUAAAA